AUGAGCGGCGGCGGCGGCGGCGAGAAGAUGUUGCUGUUUGGGUCCUUUACGGAGGAUGAGACUAAGUUGUUCCAGGGUCAGCCUCUCAAAAGUCCAACUAAAAGCGUCAGCAAAGAAUGUGAGCGGACGGAGAUCCAGUUUGGCACCCUGAACUUUUCAGUGCUGAAUUUAGAGAAAAUGUCUAUUUCAAGUGUUGUUCUUCCUGCAAAAUCAGCAAACGGCGAGACCAGUGCCAUCGCAAAGGAGAAUGCUUGUGGUAAUGAAAAGAAAGCUGCAGGAUCAAGCCUUCCAAAUGGUGGACUAGUUCUGGCUAAUGGAUGCCCCCCUGUUAAUGUUCCUGCUAACAAUGGUGUAUUUGAGAAUGUGAAGAAGACAGAGACUGUUGUCCCACCAGUUGUGCCUGUCAAAAGCAUCAGCAAUCCAACACCACAAAUGACGUUGGAGGUGCACAAGGAUGGCAUCGAACCCACUCAAAGUAGAAAGUUAGACAAGGAAAGGGAAAUUACUGAAAAUGGUAGCCCAAUUGUCGAUACAUCCAUUGUUGCAGCUCCAGCAGAAGAGGCAGUCACUAGCCUAAAUAAGAAGGCCUCUCAGAACAUGCCCUUGCUUCCACAUGGUUUGAGGAACACAGGAAAUAUCUGCUUUCUGAAUGCAACUUUGCAGGCAUUGCUUUCAUGCUCGCCUUUUGUCCACCUAUUGCAGGAUUUGAGGAACCGUAGUAUACCUAAGGUUGGCUACCCAACUCUGAGUGCAUUUGUUGAGUUGAUCUCUCAAUUCGAUGUGGCUGAGGAGUCAGUUAUCAAGAAAAAUGAGAAGGCUAUUACUGUUGCUGCAAAACCACUUAAUCCUGCCAUGUUUGAUGCUGUUCUCAGAAACUUUACACCAGAUGUGCCGGCUGGAGUAACUGCUCGGCCAAGGCAGGAAGAUGCUCAAGAGUUUUUAAGUUUUGCCAUGGAUAGAAUGCAUGAUGAACUGCUGAAGCUUAAUGGCAAUGGAUCAAAUUCCAAGGAGGGUAUGGUUGUUUCUUCUGUGGAUGAUGAUGCUUGGGAGACAGUUGGACGAAAGAACAAAUCUGCAAUAGUUAGAACUCAGAGUUUUGUUCCCUCUGAGCUAAGUGCUAUUUUUGGAGGGCAGCUACAGAGUGUUGUGAAAGCUGCAGGUAACAAAGCAUCAGCUACUGUUCAGCCCUUCCUACUGCUCCAUCUUGAUAUAUUCCCAGACGCUGUUCAGACACUUAAUGAUGCACUUCGUCUGUUCUAUACUCCUGAAUCUUUGGAAGGAUACAGAACAGCUGCUGGAAAGGCUGGUUUGGUGACAGCUAGAAAAUCAUUCAAGAUACACGCGCUUUCAAAGAUAAUGAUACUGCACUUGAAGAGGUUUAGUUAUGGAAAUCAUGGGACCACUAAAGUCUAUAAGCCACUCCACUUCCCAAAAGAACUGGUUCUUAGUCGUGAUCUGCUGAGCUCACCAUCAACAGAGGGUCGAAGUUAUGAGCUUGUUGCAACCAUCACUCAUCAUGGGAGGGACCCAUACAGGGGGCACUACACUGCUCACGCAAAGCAUGCCAACGGGCAAUGGCUUCGCUUCGACGAUGACGCUGUUGUGCCCGUUGGCGAGAAUGAUGUCUUGCAUGACCAAGCAUAUAUCCUCUUCUACAAACAAGUCUGA